UUUCUCUUACCGAAAGACUUCCGCAGAGAAUCGGGCGACAACAUGGCAUUCUUCUACCACCUUACCAUAAUAGGAGAAAUUAAGAAGCAAGUUCACGUCUGUCAACCAUAAAAGUCUAAUCCUUGAAGGGAAUAUCCUUCGGUUGGAACUCGAGCAAAAGAAAGUUGUCUUGGUGCCCCAGUGUUUUAAAUCAUAUAUCUUCAUGCAUUCCCCUCAUCUGUCCUGCCACUCCCCCGUCUUCAUUACAUUUUCUUUUCACACCCUGAGACUUUUUCAAGGGGUCCCCAUUAUUAGCACAGGGUGGACAGUUCCCUCUAGACGAUUUCUUCCUGCACGAAAUAUUUUUAGACAUACAUCAUAUCAUAAUAAAAUUUUCAAUCAUGUCAGAUCUCCAUACCAAGGAGACCGUCGAGCAGAAUGACAUCUCUUCCCCUCACUAUACCACACCGGCUAAGCUGAGUGAGGAAUUAUCAGAUUUCGGUAACGAAAAGGGCGCCAUUCCCACUCGCCCAAACCAUAUUGGGAAUCGAGUUUCAGAAUGGGAGGCAAUACAGAUCGCCGCUGCGGGUGAUAUGGAGACGAUUGAUAAUGAAGUGCAAGAUUUGGAAGCGGAGGUCACAGCUAGAGGCAAAUCUCGUUCCGAUGUAUUUCAGUUGAGCUUCAAGGACCCCAGACACUACACUUGGUAUGUACUUGAUUGGCGAUGGCAUGCGAUAGCAUGCGAUACAUUAGCUAAUACAUAUCAUCCAGGUUAUUGGUUGCCUUUGCCUCUAUGGGGGGUCUGCUUUCUGGUAUCGAUCAAUCUCUAAUUUCUGGCGCAAAUCUAUACAUGCCUAAAUCGCUUGGCCUCAAUACAAAACAAAUUAGUUUGGUCAGUUCAGGUGUACCAUUAGGUGCUGUUGGUGGUGCACUAAUGCUUGGUCCUUUGAACGAAGCCGUCGGACGAAAGCAAGCUAUUGUAUGGUCUUUAUUCCUCUACACCAUUGGCGCUGCACUCGAAUCUGGUGCCGUCAAUUUUGCCAUGAUGAUGGCUGGACGUGUUAUUCUGGGUCUUGGCGUUGGUUUGGAAGGUGGAACUGUUCCUGUCUAUGUCGCUGAGAGUGUCUCGCCCAAGUAUCGAGGUAAUCUCGUCUCUCUAUACCAAUUUAUGAUUGCCCUCGGAGAAGUUCUUGGUUAUGUCGUCGCAGCCAUGUUCGUCGGUGUCAAAUCUGGUGGUUGGAGGUUUAUGCUGGGAUCAUCGCUUGUCUUUUCUACCAUCAUGCUCGUCGGUAUUCUUUUCAUGCCAGAGUCACCUCGUUUCCUCAUGCAUAAAGGGAAAACUGCCGAUGCUUGGGGUGUCUGGAGACGUAUCCGUGGUACGGACGAGACUGCUCGUAAGGAGUUCUUUGUCAUGAAACACUCGGUCGAUUCCGAGCGUGAGAUGGAAGGUGCCCGCAAGAGAUUUGCAUGGCUUGACUUCAUUACCGUUCCUCGUGCUCGUCGCGCCAUCGUUUACGCCAACGUCAUGAUCUUCUUGGGACAAUUUACUGGUAUCAACGCCAUUCAAUACUACAUGGCCACACUUAUGCAACAAGUAGGAUUCGAUGACAAGGAAUCUGUAUUCAUGUCCCUCGUUGGUGGUGGAGCUCUUCUCAUUGGUACCAUCCCAGCCAUUCUCUAUAUGGAGAAGUUCGGCAGACGUUUCUGGGCCAUUGCUAUGCUUCCUGGUUUCUUCAUCGGUCUCGUCAUCAUCGGAUGCUCAUACUUGAUUCCUUUGAGCAACAAAGCCGGCUCGCAAGGUGCUUAUAUCGCCGGUCUUAUCGUCUACGAGGGUUUCUUUGGAUCCUACGCAUGUCUUACCUGGGUUAUCCCAUCCGAGGUAUACCCUACCUAUCUCCGCUCCUACGGAAUGGAAACUUCUGAUACCAUUCUCUUCCUCUGUUCGUUCCUCGUCACAUACUUCUUUGCUGAGAUGCAAAAAGCCAUGUCGAACAUAGGUCUCACACUCGGUUUCUAUGGUGGUAUCGCAGUGCUUGGUUGGUUCUAUCAGGUUUUAUACAUGCCUGAGACUAAGAAUAAGACUUUGGAGGAAAUCGAUGUUAUUUUCAGUCAACCUACAAGUCAACUUGUUCAAGAGAACUUGAGAAGUAGUUUGGUUACCGCCAAUGAUUUCAUUCAUGGGCGAUGGGGCAAGGUCUUCUCUCCUGUUUCUGAAAGCGAUAUCUUCAGAAAGGAAAAUGGACAUAAAUCUGAUGAGGGUGGUAUGGGACACACUAAGCAUGAAGAGUUGAUGCAACCAGAGUCCUUGUAGACGAUGGAUCGAUUAAUGGUUUACGGUGAAUGAUCUCGAAAAUGGGGAGGAUAAAUGCUGGAUCAUGAUAAGAUGAUUAUAAGACUCAAAAAAAAUUGGAUGGGUGGAAUAUGGGAAGGUUAUGUUUUUCGGACGAGUAAUGAUUGAUGUGUAAAUAACAAUGAUAUCCCUUGAUUUUAAUAAUAAGUUAUACUUUUUUCAUGCUCAGCUUUUCUAGUUCAUUAUCCUGAUGUUUUCAAUGUUUGAGUAUAAAGUCAGAAAAUGGAAAUG